AUGUUGCAUUCGUCCACCUCUUUCAAACUUGUAUCAGAUGACAUUCUCAAUGACGCCCAGCGCCUCUUCGAUGACACGGUUGAGGAGUACUGGACGAUCUCUUCUAUUUUGAAGCGCUUUGACGAGUGGCGUGGAAAAAGUCCUACAACAUACGCCAAGGCCUAUAUUGCCCUCUGUCUGCCACAACUCCUAUCGCCCCUGAUUCGUCUCCAACUCCUUGGUUGGAAUCCUAUCAAGGUAGGCCUGCCACUGGAUGUCCGGUUUUAUGUCUUGAAAGUCAGUUCUUUCUGUGGUAGCCUAGAGACAAUGCCUCCUACGCGACUGACCUAUCCUAGCUGGUUAGUCUGUGGUUUCGAAUAA